AUGCCAGUAGACGAUGAGCAGGAUGACUUGGCAGCUCUCGAGGCCUCUCCCCCCGUAUCUCCUCAAAACCAGGAGGGCGAGCCGGAGGGCCCUGGACGGGCGCAGUCCUCCGCAGGGGGAGGAGCAGAGGGUCCUGCGGCAGUGGCUGCAGCACAGGGGAGAGCGCGCAUGCAGCAGCAACGAGGCGACUGGUACGCCGCGCAGCAGAGGGCUAGGGCAGUGCCUGCAGUGGCUGUCACGCCCCUAUUCGUCUCCGGGGGUGCCCUGCACUCGACCAGCACAAAAAACAAGGAAGUCCUCUUGCCCCCUACGCUUACUGGUGCUUCUCCCGGAAACAAGACGGGCCUGUGGAAUGAGGCUGUCAGCUCUGCUCAGACGAAGGGUAAGGGAGCCUCAGGUUCUCCGGCGAUCCCUCCAACUGCUGCAGGCGCUCUGAGUACACCAGGGGCCUCGCAAGACACCGCUGGCCAAGGCGCUCCAUCGAGCUCAGAGUCAGCUGACGAUGCCGCCUUCUUCCCCCCCACAGCUCGUAUAUGCUCCCGUCCUGUCACGGAGUUUUCGCACUUGGCGGUGCAAAAGGAUGGCGUCACUUUGUCGGUCCUGUGUUUGCCUUGGCUCUACCAGAAGCUGCACAAGGAGGUCCUCCUGCUGGGGAGGGGCGACAGUGCUGAUAUCCAUACCGAUCAUCCCAGCUGCUCAAGGGCCCACUGCGAACUUCGGCGCGUCAGGCUCCCUGACGGGCAAUGUUCGUACACCCUAGAGGAUCUGAACAGCGCUCACGGGACGCUCGUGAAUGGUGGCAAAGUGGCCCCAAGGAAGCCAACCGUCCUAGACGACGACGACGAGAUACAAGUGGGGUUCUCGCAGAGGCUGUACACGUUCAAGAAGGGAGACGACCGACUGGGGUUGCAAAGAGACGAGGAGCGCGGAGCUUCCCUCGCUGCAGCCAGGCCGAUUGGGGGAGGCGCAGGAACGCCGCAUCAGCCCCCCUCCCCGUCCUUAGACGAAGACAACGGAGAGGCCCCCAAGUCAUCCUUUCUCCAGAAGCACCUUGAGCGAAGAGCCAAGAUGGGGAAUGCCUUCAGAGGCAGAGGGGGAGGCCCCUACGGCGGAGACCGCCAUCGCUGGCAUAGGGAGACGCCAGAGGCAGGGGAAGACGGCAGUCCCGCGGGGCCUGGGGGCCCCCGUAACAGAGGGGGGGGGCCCCCACGCCAGGACUCUAACUGGCAGCCUGGCGGGGGGGCAGGCUCUCCGGAGUGUCUGUACUACGGCAACGCGGACAGAGACGGCGGUGGAGGCCCUUGGCGAGAGCGAGGCGGCUCGCAGCGCUAUCACCACCACGCAUCCGGAGAUGAUGGCUAUUCGAGAGGCCCCUCCUGUGGAGCCCCCACGGGCGGUAAUACCACGCCUCUCGGGGGCCCCUGGGGGCGCUCCCCGCAGGGUCGCUAUGGGGGAGAGGCCCCUCGUGACAGUAGUCUCAGCGUCUAUUCCCCCGAGUCUGCAUCAAGUGGUGGUGCUCCGUACUCUCCUCAAGCUCCACCCUCCGUAAGCCCCUACCUGGUGAAUCCCGAGUUUGGGGGGGGCGGGGGAGGGUCGCCUCACAACGCGGGAAGGACGGCCUAUGGGGAGACUCCCUUUUAUGGGGGCCCUUCCCCCAUGGCGAGUGGAGCCGCCUCUAGGGACAUGUCUCACGCUGCUGCGCCUGCUGUUCCUGCGGAGGAAACCGCGGCGGGCGCUGCAUGCAAUUUCGCCAAGGCGGACCGGGUGUACGUACACCACAUCUUGUUGAAGUUUGCGGGGGCCCUGGGGUUCGCGGGGGCCGCGGAGGUGGCGACGUUGAGGGACGGCAAGACACCUAUGCAGCGCACACGUGAGCAAGCACGCGAGUACUUGACACAUACCCGGCAGCUGCUGGUGGAGGCCCCCCAGCAGUUCGGAGACUUCGCAGCAGAGCUUUCGGACUGCCCCUCCUUCGCGCGUAAGGGCGAAGUGGGUUGGCUCAGGUGUAACGGCCUUCUGGAAACAGGCGAGCUCCUCUUUCCUCCGCUGAUGGCGGCGGGGGCCUUAGCUCUGGAAGUUGGUCAACUGUCUCCUGUCCUUGAGAGCCAUAUGGGCUUCCACCUCUUCUUUAGAACGGCAUGA